ACCAAUCAGAGUUAUAACAGUUAUAAUAACUCUAUGGUUCGGUGUUUGUGGUCUUUGUUAAUAUGCUGUUAAUCAAGGAUAGGCCGGAUCACAGUGGGUCGGAUAGGCUGUUUGUUAAUCGUACCACUGUUAUCCAAUGCGUCGCCUGUGCUCUCGUACUUCUGCCAGCGGCAUACCCCGUUUACUUCGAACCGAAGAGGAGUAAUUUAACGAAACGAGUAUUGGAUGAGGAGGUUCCGCGGUAAUGCCUUUCGAAAGGGGUAGCCGUUGCCUCUACCUGUCCGUCGCAUUGCUGGCAAUACAGUACCUGAUAAUGCACCGCCAGCUGCUCGCGAUACGUUCGUGAGCAGGAGGUAAAGUCAGACGGCAGGCGCGGGAGGCUGGAUAAAAAAAAAGGGGGAUCAUCGUGUUCGAGGCUAUCUCUUUCGUGUCGUUUCGUUUUCUUUUUUCCUUCCCUAAAAUUUUGUAUCGACUUCUUUUUUUUUUCUUUUUUUUAUUUACCACACCGUAUUGUGGGCGUAGAGUUGUUGCGUGGCAAUCUGGUUUGAGCUCGAUACCGCUGUGCUAAAAAGAGUUCAGACGUUCCAGAUAGUACGUUUCGGCGUGUCGAGGUUCAGGUGGCGCGAUGAAAGUCUUCGGCGGCGUGGAAGGCGGUGCAUCCUUCUCUAAGGUGGUGUUGCUGGAUGAGGGUGGCAGUGUCUUAGCCUGGGCGGAUGGCAAGGCCAUGAACCACUGGUUGGUUGGAAUGGAGGAGUGUCGAAAACGGGUUCACAAACUUGUCGUGGAUGCCAAGAAGAAUGCAGGAUUGGAUCCCAGCAGUCAGCUUGAAUGCCUGAGUCUCUGCAUGAGUGGCUGCGAGCAGGAAACGAGCAACCGAGCUUUGGAAAAAGCAUUUAUGGAAGAACAUCCCGACAUUGCCAAGACAGUUGUGGUGCAAAGUGACGUUAUCGGUGCAUUAAAGACCGUCGCCCCAAAUGGUGGUGUAGUCUUGAUCUCGGGAACCGGCACCAACUGCCUGCUGGUGAACCCGGACAAUUCGGUGCACCGUUGUGGUGGCUGGGGUCACCUCCUAGGCGACGAAGGAUCAGGCUACACCAUCUCCGUACGUGCCAUCAAAACAGUUCUCAGUGAGGACGAGGACUUCCAUCCACCAAAGUGGAGCGCUCAAAGGAUCAGGGAACUGGUCAAGGAGCACUUCAGUGUGGAGGACAUGUUUGCACUUCUGCCUUACUUCUACUCUAACUUCGACAAGUCAUUCAUUGCGGGACUCUGUAUUAAGCUGGCAAAAUUGGCCCUUGAAGGAGACCAGCUGAGUCGGCACCUCUUCCGGUUGGCGGGUAAGGAUCUUGCAGACCACGUGGCUGCGGUCGCUCCUCAUGCUGAUCAGGCUCUGCGGCUGAGUGAAGGGGGCCUGCCCAUUGUCUGCGUCGGGUCUGUCUUCAACAGCUGGGAGCUGCUGCGUGAAGGUUUCGAGGAGGUGCUCUGCCCCAAGGUCCCCGAGUUCACGCUGCUCCGUCCCACCGUCUCUGCGGCCAUGGGCACUGCUUUCUACGGCGCAUGCCACAUGCACCACAAGAUGCCCUUCAACUUUAAGGAAAACGCCAGACAGCUGCACCACUUCAAGCGCGGCGCCCAGGCUCCGGCACCCUAACUGCUGCAGCCUUCUCUGCAUUUCGACUUGGCUGCCCAGGGACUAACUGUGUCGGCCUGUAUGACCUGUUAGCACUUCUGGCAUUGGAGUGUCUAUCCUCCUCCGGAAUCAGUAUUGGGGAGGGUGAAUUUAUAUAACUUAGCAUGAGCUUUAGGUACUAGGUGAAUGAAAGGAGGAGGCAAAGCUUCUGGCUUCAGGGCUGUACUGUGCAAGACCUAGCUCCCGUGCAACAUGCAUCACUGGGCAACCCUGAGAUUAGAGAAUUGAACUUCCUUGGUUAUCCAUAUGCUUACUGGUAUUUUUGAUGGAUAUAUCCACCUUUGUCUUUCAAGAUCAGUGAUAUAAAUUAAAGUUGUUGUUUUUUUAUCGUAAUAUAUUUUUUUGAUUAUAGUCCACACUUGGUGUAUAAUGUGCAGGUUUGAAUUUCGACUGAAAUGGAGUGUUUUUUCUUAGAUAUGUCCGCACUAAGUUCACAGAUGUUUUACUUAGGGGGAAAAGUUAUGUGCAUUAUGGUUCCCCAACGUCUAGCAUUCCACCCUGGCUAUUGUAAAAAUAUGGAUGUAAGUUUGUACUGUUUUCAUAGUUUGUAUUGCUUCCAUAAUUAAUAUUGUUUUAAUAGAAACGGCAAAUAGUGUGACCACCCUUCAUGUGGAGAGCCAAUUGAAGCAUAGAAAGAAAAAUUCCUUGCAAGUGACAAAAUACAGAUGACAAUAAAGCUGUGUGACCUUAUUUGUGCUUCAUAAUUAGUCAAGGUCAUUCCAUGGAUAUUUGGCUAUCUCAAAUGCAUCCUCAUGAACACUGGAUGAUUGAAUGUCCUUAAAAAGGCAUUGUGGCCAGAAUUAAAUGUAUGGAAUUGUCGAAGUGACAUCCCUAUAUUUUUUAUUGAAAACUGGUAGCCAUAGUUAUAUUAUGGGCCUUAGACUUUCUGGUUUUAGCCGAAAAACUCUGAUAAACAUCCGCUGGUGUCAAAAACAGAAUAUCAGUUAAAACCAAAGAACUGCAACUUCUGUAAUAUUUUUCCCCAAGCGAAGACCGUUUAAAGCCCUUCUCAGACGUUCCUCGGGCAGUCGCAUGAGAACUAGCUCAGUUAGUCGGUAACCACAGAUUGUCACAAUGUCUUUGUUCUAUUCCGGUCAGAGCUAAACUACAGUGUUCGAAACUACAGUGCAGAUUCAAUCUAGGGAAAGAAACAAGAGCAACUUGCCUUCCUUGUGGCAUAAAAAUAUUGCUUGAGAACAGUUAAAUUUCUGUCAAUUGUGCAGAGCAGAAGGGUAGGAAGAUACAAAGAAAAUUAAAAACUGCGGCCGUUGAAGAGUACUCUGACCAAAACCUGUGCCAAAACCUGUAUCCGUGGUUUGAAAGAACUGUUGCAUUAUGAUACAAGUUUGAAGCGUUAUAAGGGUGUGUACAGAUUGUAAAUUGAACUUGCAAUCUCACUAUGCAAAAGCAAAAAAAAAAAACAAUGAUGAAGAGUAGGAGUGGACUCUCAGAGUGCUCCCUGUGUCCACCCCUACUCUUUGUCCUCGUUUAUUUUUUUGUUUGUUUUUUGCCACUUUUAUGUAGUAUAUAUGUACCAACUAGCUAGCCUACUUGCGCAUUCUGCUUCACCCUUAGUUUUUCAUUCAUUUUUCCACCGAUAAUCACCGUUUCUAGCAUCCGUGCAAAAUGAAUGGCCGAAAUACAGAGAUAUUUUUUUACAUAAAUGAACAGAAAAACAUCCGGCAAUUUUCAUUAUAACUGAUCGAAUACUGGAAAAUCUAUGGCCUAUCUAUGUGGGACCAUCUGGUGACCAUGUAAACUCUGUAGUUGCCAUGAGCCGGGUUGUUAUGCCAUGUGGAUUGCCUGAAUAGUAUUACUUUUUUGUGAACGAAUGAUGCUGCAUGUGUGUGCAAAAUGUAAACAAAUGUCCACUAAAGAGUGGGGAAGGGACCAGUUUUGGAUUCAACUUUGCACCCUUCCUUUUACAUUUUAUGAAAAGGUGACUGCAGUUAUACUUUCGUUUCAGCUUAAGUCCAGAUGCAGCCGACGCUACGAGCUAAUGGGACCAAUCGGAAAGCUUCAAAAGCUCACCAUCAUAGUGUUUGUCGUGUUUCAGUUCAUGUUCAUUCAUCAGGCCGAGUGACUUGCGCUUUUGACGCUUCUUGAUUGGUCCCAUUACCCCAUAGCGUCGGCUGCGUCUGGACAUAAGCCACUUCCAGCUUGAUUGUGGAACUGGUCCCAGCUGGAAAUGAGGCAGUUCAGCUGGAUUCCAACUGGGUCCAGCUGGAAUCCAGCUGGACUGCCUCAUUUCCAGCUGGGACCAGUUCCAUAAUCCAGCUGGAAGGGGACUGAUUGGGACAUGAAAUAUAUGUUAUGUUGACUGAAAGUAAAUCUAAAGAGCCUAUGUUUGUGGUAAGAUUUAUUUUGUUGCAGUUCUUGCUUCUAGAACAAGUUAUUGGACUGGUAAAAUAACAUGCUUUAAACAUCUUUAGUGAUAAAUUGGUAACUUUUUUUUUUUA